AUGUCGUUGUCGCAGAGAGUUUCUUCAUUCGAGUCCCUUUCGCUUUACCCAGAGCGAGGUCGGUCUCUGUCGGAUGGAGGAUCGCCGUCAUCGAGAGAUCGCAAACUCUCGUUCAGCCCUCUUCCUGGAGCUUGGGAUCCGCCGCCUGCUUUGGCGGAACAUGUACAUCCUAUCGGAGCCUUUGAGGUUCCGCGAUCAACCAGAAUUCUGCAAAUCUUUAUUGCUAUCGUCUACUGUUUGUUUGCCGCCGGUAUCGUGUUUGGCUACGCAGCCCUCAAGCCUGUCCUUAUUCGCGAAGAAGUAUAUCGGGACCUAUGUACAAAAGACGAAAUCGACCGGGGAGCCAGGACUUGUUAUGCUCAGGAAUUACAUCUUAAUCUGAUGUUUACUGUUGCGGCAGUAGGGACCAAUGUGGCAGCUCUCCCCAUAGGAGCUAUUCUGGACACUUUCGGUCCAAGAAUAUGCGGACUGAUAGGAAGCUUUCUGCUUGCAAUUGGUGCUGUUCUUUUUGCAUUCGCAUGGCAAUUGCCCUUUGAUGGUUACAUACCCGGUUAUCUUUUUUUGGCUCUUGGUGGACCAUUUGUCUUCAUCUCUUCGUUUCAAUUGUCGAAUGCAUUUCCCAAACACUCGGGCCUUAUUUUGGCUUUGCUCACCGGAGCAUUCGAUUCAUCUAGUGCGAUUUUCCUCCUUUAUCGCAUAUUAUAUCAGUGGAGCGAUGGCACUUUCUGGCCGAAGAAGUUCUUUCUAGCAUACCUGGUGGUACCUGCGUUUAUUCUGAUUGUUCAGCUGUUUCUUAUGCCAAAGGCAUCUUAUAAAACUGUUGGAGAGUUGGUCAAGGAGGUGGAGGAUACAGACGAUGUAUUCGAAGAUCAAGUCGACGAAAACACGGCUCUCCUACGCGAGGAACGUCGUCAACAUCGACAGUCGGUCGUUUCAGAGAUCACCGAUCUUAUCGGUUCAAAGUCAGGUGCCAAGCAUCUCAAGCAGGAAGAGCACAAGAACAAGAUCUCUGGUGUUUGGGGAGCUAUGCAUAACAAGACCGUUCUACAGCAAGUUUUGUCUCCAUGGUUUAUCCUAAUCACGCUUUUCACCAUGAUUCAAAUGACCCGUAUCAACUAUUUCGUCGCCACAAUUCGUCCGCAAUACGAAUACAUCCUCGGAUCCUACCAAAAAGCCGUGGAGAUAAACACAUAUUUCGAUGUAGCGCUCCCUCUCGGCGGUAUCCUCUCAAUCCCAUUCAUCGGCCUCGUUCUUGACAAUACCAGCACCACGUUCGUCCUCUCCGCACUUGUCACCAUUGCAACCACGAUCGGCGUCCUAGGCUGCCUCCCUUACUCCUGGGCAGCUUACGCCAACGUCUCACUCUUCGUCCUUUACCGCCCUUUCUACUACACCACCGUUUCCGACUUUGCCGCAAAAGUCUUCGGAUUCCGUACCUUCGGUACUGUUUACGGCCUCAUCAUUUGUCUUGCUGGCCUCUUCAACUUCAGCCAAAGUGGGCUUGAUGCUUUGCUCCACAAAGUUUUUGAUGGGAACCCGGUGCCUGUGAAUUUGAUCUUGCUUGGAAGUGCAUUUACGGUUGGUACUGCACUUUGUGUAUAUGUUGGUGUGAGGUCGUAUCAGAUAAAACGAGAGGGAUUGGAGAUUGAGGCUGAGCAUACCAGGGAGACGGUCAUGCCUGGUGCUGCGAGUCCUGAGAGACUUUGA